AUGAUGGAGUCUGCUGGUGCUUAUGGCGGUGGAAAAGCCGGUGGAGCUUUCGACCCUCAAGCCUUCAUCCAAAGACCUCCAGUAAUAGUCAGGGCGGUAUGUUGGCUCUUCAGCGUCAUUGUGAUGGGUUGCAUAUCAGCCAAGGGUUGGUAUAUCAACAAAGAAGACGGCAAAGAAUACUGUGUAUACAACAAUGACACUAACGCAUGCAACUAUGGUGUGGGAAUCUCGGUGAUAGCUUUUGUAGCGUCAGUAGCCUUUAUAAUCGGCGAAUAUCUGUUUGAACAGAUGUCGUCUGUGAAAACGAGAAAGCAUUAUGUGCUUGCUGAUAUGGGCUUCUCAGCUUUCUGGGGCUUCCUCUACUUCGUCGGCUUCUGCUACCUGUCGAACGCGUGGGGUAAGACCGACAACCCACCGGUGGGCACGGCUAACAACAUGCAAGGCGCCAUAGCUUUCUGCUUCUUCUCCAUCUUUGCCUGGAUCGCUUGCGCCCUGUUCGCGUUCCAGCGCUUCCGCGUGGGCGCCGACGCGGCGUUCGCGCCCGCCUACGAGGUGGAGGGCGGCGCCGGCGUGGGCAGCCCCGGCGGCUUCCCCGCCUACCCGGGCGCCCCCGACCCGCAGCCGGCCUACAGCGACCCGCCCUUCUCGCAGACCCACGCCGGUAACAUUGACUACACAGCUCCGACUUAU